AUGUCGGCGAAACUCGUAAAGUGCGUCCGCCAAGCCCUCCAUGUCCUAGAGGAUUCAUCCCCACUGCAGCUGAAGCAUAUCCCUACCAUGGGUUUCGAGUCCCCAAUUUUAUCUUACCUUGACGCCUUUCGCUAUUUCACCAACUCGAAGACCCUCGUUGACGAGACAGUUGCCAAGUUCCCGAAUAAAAUUGUCAAAGUGCCAGACUUUUCAAAGUGGAAGGUGGUAGUGUCUGAAGCUAAUGCGAUCCAAGAACUGGGUUCAAUCUCCGAGCACGUGCUGUCGUCCUUGGACGCUGUCAGCGAGUUUCUUCAAACAUUUUACACCUUUGGCCCAGGCGUUAAACGAUCACCAUAUCACAUUCCUAUCAUCCGGUCACAACUUACUCGAGCCCUUCCAAAACUUGUUCCGGAAGUGCAUGACGAGGUUGUUUCUGCUUUCAAUGACUUGGUUGUCCUACCCAACGAUUUCGAAUGGAAGACAAUUACAGCAUUAGGAACGAUGACAACAGUAGUUUGCAGAGCGACCAACCGCACUAUUGUUGGCCUUCCUUUGUGUCGUAAUCCGGACUAUCUGGAGCUCACCACCCAAUUCGCUGCUGAUGUUGUCACAAUGAGCUCCAUCCUCCGAUUGGUACCUCCAUUCCUGAGGCCGAUUAUCAACCGCCUGUUUUCCAAGCUCCCCCAACGUCUUCAGCGGGGAAUGAAGCACCUCAAGCCGAUCAUCGACUCUCGCAAGGAAGAACAGGAAAAGAUUGGUAAUGGUUAUGAGAAGCCGCUUGACUUCCUAACGUGGCUUAUGGAAGCAGCCCAGGGUGAGGAACAAACUCUAGAGAAUCUUACAAGACGAAUUUUUGUUGUGAAUUUUGCAGCGAUUCACACCUCUUCGAUGUCAUUUGUGCAUGCCCUCUUCUAUUUAGCCGCCCUACCCGAAUACAUUGGGCCUCUUCGCGCAGAAGUUGAAGAGGUCAUUGAACGCGAGGGCUGGACCAAAGAGGCUCUGGAUCAGAUGCACAAGGUCGACAGUUUCAUCAAAGAGUCGCAGCGAAAGACUUCGCUGGUCACUCUCGCGAUGGAACGAAUUGCCAGGGAGGAUUACACAUUCGCGGAUGGCACCCGUAUUCCUCAAGGAACUACGGUCGGUGUCAAUCUUGCACAAGCACAUCACGACCCGGAAACGUACGAAAAUCCCAAACAGUUUGAUGGCUUCCGCUUUGCGAAAAUGAGGCUCCAGCAGGAUAGUAAGAAAUAUGAUAUUGUUUCCACCUCCCCAGAGUUCUUCACUUUCGGAUACGGGCGUCAUGCGUGUCCUGGACGCUACUUCGCAGCUUGCGAGCUCAAGAUCAUGCUCGCGCACACUGUUCUCAACUACGACGUGAAGAUGGAGAAUGAGGGCGUGCGGCCCCCUGAUGUCUGGUGGGCAUCGUGGUGUCUGCCCAAUCCGAAGGGUAAAGUUAUGUUCCGCAAACGUGCAACGUAG